AUGUGUGACGGGAAGCUACUGCUGAAUCCAUCUGCCAAUAGCUUGGUGGUAUGGACUGGAUUAGAAAAUGCAGAGUUGCCAGAGAAAAUAGAAAUCAUUUGGAAUAAAAAGAUGCUACGGACUGCUGGUUUAUGCACUACCCAUGAGAUACAACAACCCAAGAGGCAGCGCUAUGCUAAGAUUUCAAUUUCUCCAAAAGUCUGCGACUCUGCAGAUCAAAUCCGGGACACCUUGAUCCAUGAACUAUGCCAUGCAGCCUCCUGGCUGCUUGAUGGCAUCCGGGAUUCUCAUGGUAUCUCAUGGCAAUAUUAUGCUAAAAAAUGCAAUUCAGUACACCCAGAACUGCCCAAGGUCACCCGUUGCCAUAACUACACAAUUCACUACAAGAUCUAUUAUGAAUGCAUGCUGUGCAAAUACAGGAUUGGCCGCUACACCAGAUCGCUGAACACUGAACGCUUCAUCUGUGCCAGAUGCAAAGGGCAUCUGGUCUUGCUGCCAUUGUUUCGCAAGGAUGGAACCCCCAUUGUGCCCUAUGUGAGACCAUUUGCCAAAUAUGUGCAGGAGAAUUAUAGAGCCGUGUUUAACGGCACGGCAGGAAUCAGCCAUGGGAAUGUGAUGAAAAGACUCAGCAAGGAUUAUUUUGCCAGUAAACAAAAGGCAAAUCCUUAAGGUUUGCCUGGAAUAUAGUUAUGUGAGCCAAAUCCUUUACUGGCAAGAAGUUCUAGAAAACUAU